UAGUUGUACAUCAAUGGAACGACUCUCUAUUUCGUCAAACCACAAGAGAGGACUACUUUUUGACCUUCGUCAUUGCCACAAAUUGACGGAGAUUCAAGGCUUGGAGAAUUGGGAAAUUUCUACUAUUCAAAAUCAAGCAUAUGAUUUUAAGAGUCAUCUCCAGUGUCCGUUAACCAUUGGCGAUGAUGAGUCUCGUGUCAUUUGCAUACCUGGUAGUGAGGUUCCAAAUUGGUUCAGCCACAGGACAUAUUCGAAUUUUAUAUCCUUCCAUGUACCUUCAAUUUCAAAGGGUCAAUUCCCUCGGUUGUUUGUUUGUGUUGUUAGUCCUUUUAAUGGAACCAGAGAUAUCAGGGGGUUCCGUUACAUUCCUAGCCUGACAAUCAGAAAUGAAACUAGAGGCAACGAGAAAUUCCUUCAGCCUUGGACAGCAACUGAUUGUACGGACGAGUUUACUUUGCCAAGAACAAACGGAAAUAGUGAUCAUGUCUUUCUAUACCUGACAGCACUCAUAAGAAAUAAAUAUGAGCUGGAAAGUGGACUCAUAUUUAAUGAAUUGGUGAUGGAAAGUGGAGAUGAAAUUACGGUGUUCUUCGGAUUUCGGGGAAUGAAACCUUUUGUGGAGGGGUUAGGAGUUCUUGUAGUAGUUGACGAACCAAAUGUAAUGUAAGAAGAAGUUACAUUGAAGAACUUUGGAGGACUUAUGUUUUACUUGUUUAGUUGUUGUCUUUUAGUUUUAGUAGUAGAAAAGUCUUAAGACAAUGUGAAUAAAGACAGCAGUUAUAUUCACGUUGUUUACACAGUCAGAAACAACGUGUAUAAUUAACAUCGUUUUAAUAAAAAAUG